AUGCAGGCAAAUAUACUGAUCGACAAGAGAGGCCAUGCGAGGCUAAUUGAUUUUGGUCUUUCCACCAUUAUCCAGCCUCAUAUCGGCCAGUCGCACUUGGUCGCGACAUCUAUACAUCCAGGUGCAGUCCGCUAUGCCGCACCAGAACUCGUUUUAUCGGACGAUGUACGUGACCUAGGGUUGGUAGAAAAAACCGAUAUCUACUCUUUUGGUUGUGUAAUGCUUCAAAUUCUCUCGGGUCGGCCCCCUUGGUAUGAGAUCAAAUCUGAAAGGCUGGAAUUUCGUAUUGUUGUCAUGAUAUCCGAAGGCCGUAUACCGCAGCGUCCAGAUGGUCAUCCUGAAAUAAUGGACUCUGAUUGGAAAUUCAUCCAAAAAUGUCUGCAAUUCAAACCCGAACUUCGACCUUCAGCAGAUAAAGUACUUGACUUUGUCGUGCAUAGGUUUCACUCUCCAGGUAAUCCUGCAUAG